AUGUCCUCGCUAGGCGCCCCAGGACCAUUAAUAGACAAUCAAUGGUCCAAGUUGUCGGUCUUCACACAGCAGAUCCUCCCACGUCGCUCGCGACCUCGUCCGACUAGAACAUUGUUACUCUCGGUCGCCGCGUUCUGCUUGCUGCUUUUCUGGCUUCUGCAAUCAUCCAGGGAGCCGGCGAUCAACUACUGGACGCAAUUCCCAUCGCUUCACCCAUUCCGCACAUCUCCCGAAGACGUUUCGAUCCUCAUCCCGCAUAACUCUACCUUGACUCGAAAUGAUACCCUUCCUAUCAAUCUGGACAAGAACAGUCCGUCCUUCCAUGUGGUCAUUCCUGCGAGGCAGAGAAAGCCUACGCUCUGUCGGCUGAUCACGUCCGCUAUGAUCUUGAAUUACCCCCCUCCGACACUGAUCAACUAUGGGAAGUCGCUGCCGGAUGGUUCCACGGAUUAUGAUGCUUUGGUGGAUAAGGUAACUGGUAUCUACAAUUAUCUGUCGACCAGUCGCCACGUGCACGAUCAGGACUUCGUGCUUGUUCUCGAUGAGACCGACUUCUUCUUCCAAUUGCCGCCGGAGGUGAUGAUCGGAAGAUUCCAGGACCUCCUCCGUGAAAGAAAUGCGAAGCUGCGCAAGAAGUAUGGUCUGGUGGAGAUAGGCUCCGAUGCCUCGCCAGAGAUCGUGCAGAAGUAUUCCCAGCGGGUGUUGUUCGGCGCGAGCAAGACGUGUGACUUGAACAAGCUGAACAUGUCAUUGGAUCCUGGUUGCGUCACAGUGCCGCAGUCGGCAAUGCCUCCUGACGCGUAUGGAUGGAAGACGGAUAUCGAUUCAGACGUCGCGCUGAACCGGCCGCGAUGGUUGAAUCCUGGUGUGGCAAUGGGACAAGUGGCAGACCUUAAACUAGUCUAUGGCCAAGUCCUACAGUUUGUGGAGAAGCAGAGGCGCAUAAAAAACGCCGACCACGUCGCAUUGACCCAGAUGUACGGACGACAGGAAUACAUCCGAGAACUUGAACGACAAAGAACCUCCAACGGCCUCAUGGAAUGGCUCUACCGCCAAAUAGGCAUUUCAGACGCCACCAACAUCACCGGCGCUGCAGUCCCGUACCUAAAAACAGGAGCCCGCUACGAAUACGGCAUCGGCGUCGACUCUACAUCCCACAUUUUCUUCGACACGACCAACUCCAAACGCGACAUGGAAUGGCUGCACUACAACAACAUCACCAAAACCUCCCUCGUGCAAAUGGAACAUGGCAUCCCGCGAGAACACCGCCUCCUCCUCCCCGAAGACCUCUCCCUCCCAUCCCCCUUCUACCACCCCAACCUGACCAAAGACGAAGUCACCAACCCACCCUACAACGACACCCUCGACGCCCUCCCCAACCCCAAAAACCGCUCCUGGCGCAACCUCCCCCUUCUCACAUACAUCCCCUCUGCCUCCAUCCCCGCGCUCAUCCACCUCGACGGCAGCCGUGUCACGCGGGACGGGUGGUGGUUAAAAAUGUGGUAUCAACCCUGGGCCCGCGCACUACUGCGCAAGUACAUGCGCACACCACUGGGUUUCGACGUCGCGCAGUCUGCGCUGCUGGGCGGACAGGAGUGGUGGGAUUUACGCGGUGGAAAAGGUGGUAUUUGGACGGGGCAAGGCGAGUGGAUGGAUUAUGGAGAGGUUUGUGGGGGGCUUGAGAGAGAUGUUUUUGAGGAUGGGUUUGGGGGUUGGGGGAAGGAGGAUGGGAGUGAGGAUGGGCCGGUUUAUAAUCAGUUUGGGAAUGUUGUCAAGGGAGGUUAA